UUCGCUCGAUUUAAUCCAUACCAUUCACGUCCACCUUCAUCUUGGGGCGCUCCUUCUCACAAAAAAGGCUGUCGUUUUGGUCCUUUUGGAGAUGUUCAGAUUAGGCCCAAGAGCAUUUAACAAGCCCUUAAGGCCCGCGUCAACGUGGAAAGGCCUUAUUCAGUCCGAAGUUCGAUCGCAAACCUAGCUCCUGGAACUGGAAGAGCGUGAACCAGAGUAUAUAAUCGUCAAGCUUGUUACCCAAUCAGAGUUUUCUCCGACAAUCUCUUCAGAUGACAAGCCAGAAAUUGUUUUAGUUCCUAUUCUUCUGUACUCGAUAGCUACAUAGACCGAUAAACUCCUGCUGCUCAAGGUUUUCGUACAAUGUCUUCCAAUCAGUUUCUUCUCCUUUCACUCCUUUUUACUCUCAUCUCUUCCGUCAUUUCCCAAUCUAUAAUCCGAUUCCCCAGCGACCGAAAAAUCCAGGCCGAUGAUGAUCCUCUCUACUGCGACAGCUGGCGCGUAUCUGUGGAGACCAACAACGCCGGAUCCUGGUCCGUAAUCCCAUCGGGGUGUGUAAACUUUGUCAAGGAGUAUAUGAAGGGCAGCCACUACCUCUCAGAUUCCAAGGUCGUCGCAUGCGAAUCGCUAGCUUUCGCCAAGUCCUUGAAUAUCACCGGCGAUGGCAAAGACGCUUGGGUCUUCGAUGUCGAUGAAACUCUGCUCUCCAAUCUUCCUUACUACGAGGACCAUGGAUUCGGAUCAGAAAUCUUUGAUGAAGGUUCUUUUGAUGAUUGGGUGGAUUUGGCUAAGGCUCCUGCUUUACCAGCAAGUUUAAAUUUGUACAAGGAGCUCAAGAACCUGGGUUUCACUCUAUUUGUGCUAACAGGGCGCAGUGAAUAUCAAAGAAAUGCUACUAGUAAAAAUCUUCUUUUUUCCGGCUAUUCUGACUGGGAAAAACUUAUCUUGAGGGGACCUUCAGACCAAGGCGUACCAGCAACUGUCUACAAAUCUCAGAAGAGAAAGCAGCUAGUUGACGAUGGUUAUAGGAUUCGCGGGAACUCAGGAGAUCAAUGGAGUGAUUUGUUGGGCUUUGCAGUAGCAAAACGGUCCUUCAAACUCCCAAAUCCAAUGUAUUACAUUGCUUAGGAAGAAAAUUGAACAUCAACCAAUAACUCCUAAAUCCAAUGUACCACAUUUCUUAGAUAGAAAAUGGGCUGGUGUUUAGUGUUCAUUAUAAAAGUACUCUGUUUGUCCCUUUGAAUUUCAGACAAUGAUGAUUCUCAGUAACUUGUUCUGCCUCUACCA